CCCAUGCACGACGUUUUUUCGUCGUUCUCCAGUUGAUUUCAAGGUUUAGAUUAUUUUUCAAUUGAAUACAUGAUUAUGAAGGUGUCUGGAAAUUAUUGCAUUGUCAUUUGGUGGUUUUUGUCAGCGGUUGAUGCAUUUCCUAGGAGAAAUUACGAUCUCCAUGUGCCCAUGAAAGUCAGACCAAUUCUUCCGGAUAUAGUGGAGCAUUCCUCUGGUGACCUCGACACACUCCAGCGAACAGGGCAAGACCCCGAGGUGCGUCCAGGAUUAUUCCAGGGUGACAUUAUGAUGACUAAUGAGGUCUUCAAUUAUUGGCGUCUCGGCCUUCGCUGGGAUCGUUAUCCCGAAAAAUUGUGGAGUAAUCGAACAGUGCCUUACGUUAUCAGUCCUUUGUACAGUCCGGAGGAUUACGUCACAAUUUACAAAGCAAUAUCGUACAUGAAUUACAUGACGUGCGUCAAUUUUGUUCCCUGGGAUGAGAAGGCUAAGGAUUUCGUGCUCAUCUGGCCCAUAAAGUACCCCAAAGGGUGCUGGUCAUUUAUAGGAAAAUUUGGUGGGGGGCAAUUACUGUCGUUACAACCACCGGAUGAACGUGGACCGAAUUGCCUCGGAAAUGAGGGCAGAGCUGUUCAUGAACUAUUACACGCGCUUGGAAUAUUUCACGAGCAGAGUAGAGCAGACCGUGAUAAUUUCGUUACUAUUCAGAAAGAAAAUAUUAUCUCAAAUUUCCAGAUUAAUUUUGAAAAGGAAUCCCUAGAGAACACGACCUACAGUUACGAAUACGAUUACAGCAGCAUAAUGCACUACGGCAGUGAUUAUUUCAGUAAAAGUCCCGGUAAACCGACGAUUAUUCCGACAAUGGCAGGUGCAAUUGUUGGACAGAGAAGAGCAAUGUCCAAGACAGAUUGUCUGAAAGUCAAUGAACUCUACGGAUGCCUGGAUAAUUCCAUAGAAGCGCGAAGAUGGAAUAACAUUUGCACAGCCCUCGGCCUGUGAACCAUAAAAUUUUCUUUUAUCAACAGCAAUUUUCCUCAGGGGGAAAUCGAUGGCUCGCCGAUAUCAGGAAUUGGCCAGAUGAUGUCCUCCUUCUCUCUCAUUCCGGUCCAGUAAUUCUCAGUAAUGUCAGACAAUUCAAAGCCACGAGUGCUUUUCAGUAAUGACUUGAUUAAAUUUUCCGAAGGAAUCGAUGCGCCUGGAUUUUCACGACUCAAUGCAUCCAAUUUGUCUUUCAAUUCUUCCUGAAAUUAUCACAUGUCUUUUAAAUAUUAUUGAGAUAAAACCAUAAAUAAUAAUUAAUCUCAACACUGGAGGAAUUCACUCACAAUAUUUUUCGUAUUGCUUCUCAACUCGAAAUAGAACUUGUACAAUCUGUCGACGAGUCUGAAGUAAAAUAUUUUCAUCUCCGUGACAUCCGUGAAUUCCGUUACUGCACAAUCAUUCGUGGGAUUAAUUUCCCGCAUGAACCAUCUUGGAAAUAAUCUGCCAGUCGUGGUGGUGUGGACCGGAAGACAUCUGCAGACUGCAAGACCAUUCUCUCGAUUGAUGAUAAAAUCCAAACAGGUGGUGUAAAUGGUUUCCUCGUCGGCCUCGACCAAGUGCACCACUGACGUAGGAUAAACCAAUAAAAGACCAGUAACUCGAUCAAAGAAGCUGUUCGUUGAGUACUCGUUGAAGAAGGUCAACACUUGCUGGCGCGAUUCUAUCCCUGCGAAAUAUAUUAACCGACAGAUAUUGUUGGCUUCGAGGGUGUUGAUUACAUCCAGGACAGAUCGUUUUGGAGGUUCUUCCAUGUUGUUUCCGUGUUUGAUCAAUAGCUCCUACAUCCUCUCAGAUUCGGAAUUGCCAGUGCAAAUCGGAAAAACAGAGAUUCAGUUUCCUGUAAUGCUUUUAUUUAUUUUAAUUAUGCAACGUGAUGCAUGGAUGAUGGUAGGAAUGAAUAAAAAAUCAUAUGUAAAUUUUUCACUGAAUUUGUUUUAUUUUCUUGUACGGGCUAUGCACCCAGCCAGAUUGACAUUGUUUUUUUAAUAAUAAUCCUUGCAACGGUUUUACAAUCACGACAAAGAAUUAUUUACGGAUUAUGGAACUUCCUGAAACCGCCAGAUUAUUCCUUGAACUUCCUGUUCUGUAUUAUUAUGUUUGGUGUACAUCGAUUAGGAUACAAAGAAAGAAAUAAUAAAACCUAGUGUUUGCAGAUCAAAUACAAGAUCCUGUUGACCAUAUUCCAGAAUCAAUGGAAUGAAUACUGAAGGGUUCUUCUCCAUUAAUAAGUUUCCUCAACAACUUAAAAGAAAAAAAAAUGGUCGCUGUCUAUUUGAAUGAAUUUCUACCUUGAAAAAAAAAUCCAUUCAUUUAAAUUGAACUACUAAAUUAGGAAAAUCAUUCGAGUUCUAUUCAAAAAUUAGAAGAAAA